AUGGAUAGCCAAUCAAGAGAUUAUUGUUCCGAUACUCCUCAUCACAGUUUGAGUUCAUCUGUUGACGCAGGUUCAUUAAAUUCAAGUUCGAGUUCUUCUACUGCAGGGUUUAAGGCAAGUUCUUCAGAUUCCAGUCCUAGUUCUUCUGAUAUUGGUGCAGGCGCAAGUUCUUCAGAUCCCAGUUCGAGUGCUUCUGAGAUUGGCGUAGACGCAAGUUCUUCAGAUCCCAGUUCGAGUGCUUCUGAAAUUGGCGUAGACGCAAGUUCUUCAGACCCCAGUUCGAGUGCUUCUGAUAUUGGUGCUGAGCCAAGUUUUUCAGAUCCCAGUCCGAUUGCUUCUGAUAUUGGUGCUGAAGCAAGUUUUUCAGAUCCCAGUUUGAGUGCUUCUGAUAUUGGUGCUGACGCAGGUUUUUCAGUGCCUAGUUCGAGUACUUCUACUUCAGGUUCUCACGCAAGUUCUUCCAAUUUUAGUUCUAGAUCAUCAUUUUCCUGUUCAAGCUCUAAACCUAGUGAAACACGUGACAUAAGCUCACUAAGCAAAUGCAAGACAUGUGGUAAUUACUUUGAAGAACGAAGCACUAGUUCUAUGUCAGCAGGUGUGCGAGUGACUUUUAAGUUGUUCGCACCGUCAGGUUUGGAUUUGAUCGCUUUUGAGUGUCAACAGUGCGAGGACAAGUGGCUGCAACCAUUUAUCGAUAUGGUAACAGCGAAUCGCUAA